AUGUGGUGAAAAUAGACAAGCACUUGGAUAAGAUAAGAAUGUUUUCGACAUUUUUAACAUGGUUUUUUUUUAAAUGAAUUUUAGAUUUAUCGAUGUUACGUUAAAUUUUACGGUGCACUUGUAAGUUUAAAAAAGGCGUAUAAUUGAUUAUAGCUCAAUCAAGAUGUCCAUCAAAAUGUAUGAAAAGAAUGUUAUGAAAAAAAACACCGAUUAAAGAGGAAUUGCCCCAGUAACACACUCGAGAGCAGUGGUAAGAUCCACUCACAUCACAGACGAUUGCUUGCGGCGGAAGAGAAACUUGAAUGGGCAAUUAUCACUUUGCUAAGCGGUGUUUAUAGUGCAAUGAUCAGUCAUUUAUUGACGACGAGGAUUUCCAUCGUCCGUUCCGUUUGUUUAAGUGACAAAUUGCCACAGGAAAAAAUAGAGGCUGCUGCAUCAGAGGUUAGUAGCGCAUGCUGUACAUAGCUAAUCGCAUAUUAAAUCUAGCAAAACAAAUUCUAACUCAUCUUCAUCAUCACCAUCAUCAUAAUCAUCAGCGUCCUGAAACGAUUUGCACGUUUGCAAGUGUUGAAUGAUGACACAUACGCAGCUCAAGUAGCGCCCAGUACUUACCGUAGCAGCUGAUACCACGUACCCAGGACAAGCGAGAGACGCGAGACGCGCGAUAGGUGCAAGCGCAUCGCAGCGACGAUGAGUACUAACGGACAGGACCAGCGAGUGGUUCGAACAGUCUACGAUCAGACAGGAACCUUAACGGAGGUGAGCCAUCGUAGAGUGGACACUAUUUCCAGCUCGUUUCAGUACUACAUUCAGAAGUGGCAAGUGUUAUUUCACCUCUUCCAAUCGGCUCUAUCGAGUUACAGUUUAUAAAGUGUGAACAAGUUUUAAAUACUAAAACGUAAUAAAAGAUCAUCUAAUCGCGAGAAGUGAAAAAAAUAUUGAACCAGCGAUCACUUGUUCGUUAGUGCUUAUUUCGACAGUGAAUGCUGCAAUCCGCUAAGGUUAGUGAUAAUGGCGAACACUGGGAAAAUAUCUACGCAGCAACAGCAACUGGAAGAUCGACCCGAUCUAUCAUCGGCCGAAGAUGAGCACGAACAGCUGACCGCUUCAUCCAAUCUGCACUACAUCCAGCCAUCGUUUAUAUCGUUGAUUAGUGAAAAACAAUGGAAACCCAACGUUCAGCGACCGAACGAUGCUGCUGUAUAUGGGAUGAACAAGACGACAACGAUCCUGACCAAGGAAGCCCACACGAACGGUGCACGGAUGCAGCUGAUCAUGAGCAUCCUGGCAAAUCUGACCGUACUAUCCUCCGGCAUGGGACUGGGAUAUUCGGCUAUAACGCUGCACGCCCUGACCAGCGAGGACAACCCGUUGCGUAUGAACUCUAGCCAAGCGUCAUGGUUCGCUUCCAUCAGCUCGUUCGCGUGCCCUCUCGGUGGUCUCGUAUCCGGUUACCUGCUGGACCGUAUCGGACGGAAGAAAACGCUCAUGCUUAUCAACGUACUGUCCAUCGUGUCGUGGUCACUGAUCGCCGUUUGCAGUAUGACUAACUUUGAUCUGAUGUACACACAAAUCCUAAUCGCUCGUGUCAUCAUAGGCAUUGUCAUUGGCUUAGUAAGCGCACCGGCAUCCAUUUACUCGGCAGAAAUCGCCACACCGAAGAUGCGUGGCCGACUGACCGUACUUACCUCGCUGAGUAUUGCCGUUGGUAUUUUGCUUAUCUACUCGAUGGGUUACAUCGUACCGCACGAUUUCCGUCUCGUGGCGGCGCUUGCCGCUGGUGUCUGCGUACUGUCGCUCGUGCUGCUCUUCUUCAUGCCUGAAUCGCCCGCAUGGUUAAUGUCGAAGGAUCGCGAAGAGGAAGCGGAACGAUCGCUGAAGAAGAUCCGUGGCUAUGGGGCGUACAGUCAGCGAAUUCCGGAAGUGGAGAAGGAACUGAUGCGCAUGCGGGAUAACGUGAUGGCUCAGCGCCGUACCGGACAGGAGAGUUUCGUGCGAUUGUUGAGGCAACCGCAGGUUUACAAACCGCUCGGUAUCAUAAUCGGAUUUUUCGGUUUCCAACAGUUCUCCGGUAUCUUCGUGAUCGUUGUGUACGCGGCAAAGGUAUCAUCGGAAGCGAGCGUUUCCAUGGAUCCGUUCCUGUGCACGGUGUUGAUUGGAAUAACGCGUGUCGUUGCAACCCUAGUGGUGGCCUACAUUCUGGACACACUCGGCCGUAAACCACCGUCCAUCUUUUCCGGUGUCGGUAUGCUGGUGUGUAUGUUCGGGCUGGCCCUGUGCAGCUACUUCCCACCGAUCGAGCAACUUAAAUGGAUCCCAACCGUACUGAUCCUGACGUACAUCUUUACCAGUACGCUCGGCUUCUUGACCAUGCCCUUCUCAAUGCUGGCCGAACUCUUUCCCCAAACGGUGCGUGGUCCGGCUUCGGGUGUAACCGUGUUCUUCACCUACCUGAUGUCGUUCUUCACGAUCAAGCUGUAUCCGACGAUGGUGGAGUUUCUGGGCAGUGCGAAUGUCUUCAUCAUCUACGGUGCUGUAUCGCUGCUAGGAGUACUGUACGUCAUCUACAUUGUACCCGAAACGAAGGGCAAAUCGCUGCAAGAGAUCGAGGAUUACUUCCGCGGUAUGUCGCACGGUUCAACACCAUCGCAAGAGGUAGAAGAAGACGAGGUCAGCAAUCUAUCCACGGAGAGCGUUAUUCUUCACAAUCUUCAUGUAACGAUAGUAACCAGUGCAUUUGCCCAUUGCCGUCUUGAUUCCAUUUCACAGAAUAAAAAAAUGACAGGAAAAGAUUCGGCCGAGGUGGAGGCCGCUCUUAACGAGAAGUCUCCGUCGAAAAGUCCGAACCAUGCCGUCCUCACACAGUUAACGCGGCGUGCCGCCAUCACACAAAUAGUGACUGCCGUGGUGGCCAACAUAACAAUCAUCUCCUCCGGAAUGGGCAUAGGGUUUCCUUCGAUUGCUAUGAUUGAGCUUACGAAUUCCACUACCUCAGUGGUGCUAACGGAAUCGAAUGCGACUUGGUUCGCGUCCAUCACGGCGAUUAUGUGCCCAUUUGGAGGACUGCUUUCCGGCUAUCUGUUGGAUAAGGUCGGGCGCAAGAAAACGCUCUACUUUAUCAACACCAUAUCGAUCGUUUCCUGGGCAAUCAUGUCUUUCGCGAGCCGUGCCGAUAGCACCACACUCUUUAUCCAGCUAAUCGUGGCGCGUAUAAUAAUAGGCAUUGCGAUAGGCUUAUCUAGUACUCCAGCAUCGGUAUACGCGGCCGAGGUUGCCCAUCCAAAUCUACGCGGUCGCCUAACGCUGCUGACCGCCUUCUGUACCGCUAUCGGUAUGCUUAGCAUCUAUUCGCUCGGCUAUGUGUUCAAGAAUGACUGGCGGUUCGUGUGUAUGAUCUGCGGCGUGUUUACCAUCGUAUCACUGUUGACGGUGAUUCCUUUGCCCGAAUCACCUAGCUGGCUCGUGAGUAAGAAGCGUCUCCCGGAGGCAGAGCGAUGCCUCAAGGUGGUGCGCGCCAUCAAGGAGGAUGAUCAUCCGGAAAUUCGGGCCGAGCUGGAUGCACUCGAACAGAAUAUCGCACGGUUCCGUUCGACGCAGGAUGGCAAAAAAUCGAAACUUGAUCAGCUGAAAAAACCGGAAGUUUACAAACCGCUUGCCAUUAUGUGCACAUUCUUCUUCUUCCAACAGUUUACCGGUAUCUUCGUGAUCAUCGUGUACGCUGCUAGCUUCUCGAUCGAAGCCGGCGUUGCCAUCGAUCCGUUCCUGAGCGCAGUGUUUGUGGGACUAACGCGCGUUGUAACCACGGUGCUAAUGUCGUUCAUUUCCGACAAAUUUGGCCGUCGCCCGCCUGCUCUGUUUUCUGGGUUCGGUAUGGCAACGUGUAUGUUCGGUUUGGCCAUUUGUGCCAUUCAUCCGGUAAAAGGCACUUCCCUUUCCUGGAUCCCAACCGUAUUGCUGGUAGCGUUUAUCUUCACCGCUACUCUCGGCUUCUUGACCCUUCCCUUUUCAAUGAACGCCGAAGUUUAUCCGACAAAGAUACGUGGUUUUGCGUCCGGAUUAACCAUCUUCUUCGGUUACACCAUGUCAUUUAUCAUUCUUAAAAUAUAUCCCUCGCUGGUGGAAACUAUCGGUAACUCCAACGUGUUUAUCCUGUUCGGAUGCCUCUCCAUGUUGGGCAUCGUGUUCGUGUACUUCUUCCUGCCCGAAACGAAGGGCCGCACGCUGGAAGAUAUCGAAAAUCAUUUCCGGGGCAACAAGUCCUCGGAUAAAGCAGACGUCGAGAUGAAAACAAUGCUACCAGCGCAACGCAAUUGAUGCCACAAUCAUCGAGAACCAGCACACAUCAUCCACCAACACUAAAAAUGAACAACUCAAUGGAACCAUGAACUGUGAUAAGGCACCGGUACAUUAAAGAUUAUGUGCGAUUUGUUUUUGUUGUAACUGUUUAAAACAUGGAACGCGUUUCACUUAUGAAGCUACUUAAGCUACUGCUUCUCGCAUUCAACGACGGUGUACAGAGGGAGGAAAAUUACGAGACCACAUCACACACUGCCUGCACACUGAUAUCGGAAUUCUAAAGACGCCAGGUUUAGUAGUUAUAAUUGAAAAAGGAAAGCAACUUUAAACUCAGUUAAUAAUAUAAAUGAAACACGAAUCUAUUACUACA